GCCAGCAGGUCAGUCAUAAAACAUGACGCAUCAAUGAAUCCACUUUGAUUAAAUGUAGGCUAUUUUCUGCCAAAUAUGACAAUAUCGGCACAUCCUCAACAGAUUUAAUUGAGGUGGUUGGAAGUUAAAUCGAACACGAACACUCCUGAAGAGAGCGAAUAUUCCAGGAACUGCAGGGUGUUCUUUGUUAUGGUUGAUCCGCACUGUAGCGCUUCUGCAUUGACCAUCAACGAGCUGUCAGGGCGGGAGAAUGAAUAACGCAACAUUUAGCAUAUUAAAUCAGAUACCAAGGAGACGAACACGGAUUAUACAAUGUAUCUAUGUGGUGGGGUUCAUGGACCUGUUUGGGGUGAGCAUGAUCAUUCCCCUGCUGAGUCACCAUGUGAAGGCCCUGGGGGCCAGCCCCACCGUGGCAGGCUUAGUAGGUUCCACAUAUGGGAUCCUACAGCUCUUCUCUAGCACUAUAGUUGGCAGCUGGAGUGACGUGGUGGGAAGGCGGUACUCUAUGCUGACGUGUCUGCUGCUGAGUGCUCUGGGCUACGGCCUGCUGGGGAUGUCCACCAACAUCGCCCUGUUUGUCCUGGCUAGGAUCCCUGUGGGGCUGUUCAAGCACUCCCUGUCUAUCUGCCGGGCCCUGCUUUCUGAUCUGGUGUCUGAGGCGGAGCGCCCCCUGGUGAUGGGGCACUUCAACGCGGCCUCCAGCGUGGGCUUCAUCUUGGGACCCGUGGUGGGGGGCUACCUCACAGAGCACGAGGGGGGCUUCUACACCUCCUCCUUCACCUGCGCCGCCAUCUUCCUCCUCAACACAGGUCUGGUUUGGCUGCUUCCCUGGAGCGAUGCACUAACCCCACGCACCGAUGCUAACUCCAACAGCAGCGCUAGCAAAGCCAGCUGCCACGAGAACGACAACCACUUCACCUCGACACAGCAAAACUGCUCCCAUGGCAACAGCAAUAAACACACUACAGCGUCGGCGACAGCGGUCACGGGAUCAGUGACUCCGGGGAAGAACCAAAGGAGCUGGGACCUGGACUGGGGGGAGGUGUCCCUGCUCCAGCCUGCCUGGCGUCAGCUCUCCUCGGUGGGCUCCAAGAUUAGCACGGUGGCCUCCUCGGACAUGUGGGACCUGUUCCUGGUGCGUCUGCUCAUGGCCAUGGCCAUAAUGCUAUACUACAGUAACUUCUCCCUGGCCAUGGAGGAGCGCUUCAUGCUGAAGCCCAAGGCCACAGGUUAUCUAAUCAGCUACAGCUCUACCCUGGGGGCCCUAGCCGGGUGCUUGGUGGGGCCCGUCACCAAACUGUACGGUAACGAUAUGCCGGCGCUGUUGCUACACUCUACGGUCCUCACGUGUUGCCUAAUCCUGCUCUACGCCGCAGCGCCCAGUGUCUGGCAUGUGUUGUUAAGUUCCACUUUCUUCGCCAUCUCCACGACCAUCGGACGCAACUGCAUCACCGACCUGGAGCUGCAGAAAGGGGGAGCUCACGCCAGCGGCACACUCAUCGGGGCGGGGCAGUCGGUGACUGCGGUGGGGCGCGUGCUCGCCCCCCUGCUCUCGGGGCUGGCCCAGGAGUUUAGUCCCUGUGGGCCCCCUGUUCUGGGGGUGGGACUGGCGUUAGCGGCUGUUGCCCUGCUGCUGGUCAGGGUGCCAAAAUGGGACGGGAGAGGCAAGAGGAAAGAGGCAUAACUCUGAGUCACGCACAGAGAGAGAGUGAAUCAAUGAGAGAGACAAUGAGAGAGGGAGCGAGAUCAAAAUUACCACAGCACUGGAGACAGAACUGAUGCAGAACUGUUGGGGUUGUUUGUUGUUGAUGUGUCAGCGGGGUGUUGUUUCGUUGAUUGUUUUGUAGCUGUCGACGACAGAGCCACAACGCCGCUCUGCGGCUCUGUUGGUUUGGUCUCGAAGUGAUGACAUCACAGUACCGAUAGGACCCGGGUCAUCAUCAGCAUCGCUGUUCCCCCCUUCAGUCCCCCAAACAGGGACGAACUCAAAAAGUGCAGUGUUGCCAAGAUAACCAUGAACCAAGCCAGUAGCCCUCUGUAAAUGGCGUGGGAGGGUGUCCAUGCUAAGUUAGCUUAGCAUAGGUCAACAAAAUGUCAGUGGCUCAUUGAGUUCAUAUAGCUUAGAAAUAUUCAAAUGUUUAUAUCUCUAGUGAGAGACAGUAAUUCAAUUAAAAACAACAACAUAUAAGCCUAAUGUUACUCUAAUGUAAUCCUGAUCUUCCUUAAUAACCACUACAAAUAGUCCAGAAAAGUCUUGGUAUUGAAAAUACACAUUUCCCAAAAUGCUCUGUUUCUGACCUAUCCUAUGAGGGUGAAGGGGCUUCUCUUACCUCUCUGGUGCCAAAUUCUAUUUUCUCUCCCUUCUCACCAAAGUAUGCACUCAUUCACCCUCCCUUAAGAAUUGAACACAUUUGGAUUGGUGUGAAAACAUCCACACCAAUCCAAUGCUUUUAAAUCCUUUAGGGGGAGUGAUCAAGUGCACACUGGGGAAAAGGGUCAAUAACCUUAAUUGAGCUUGAGUAAGGGUUGUCUACAGGCACAUAUCUAGGAUUAAUUUACCCUUCCUAAAUCCUAACCCUAACCAUGUGGGGGGAAGUAAAACAUAUUUUUAAAGGAUCUUAGAUCAGUGUAUGUGGGUAACAUCAUCCUACUUCCUUUUAACCACUAAGAUAUCGGGACCUUUUUAAUGGAAAUUGUUACUUUUAUAAAAAAUAUAUAAUUAAUUUUAAUUGUAUAUUAUUUUCCCUUAUUCUACAUAGUCCAUAUUGAGUUUAUUCCCAAUUCAUUCAUUUAUUGGAAAGUGGGCUUAUAUUUAUCAAUACAAAUUGUUAAUUAUUAUUUUGAUAUGAAGUUUUCCUCUUAUUUUGAAUGGAGUUGCCCUUACAUUGACCCAAAUGCUACUGAAUGUUAUGAAGACAAUUAUUGUACUGAAUGAUUAAUAUGAAGGAAGUGAAGAUCCUGCCAUUUGACAAUAAUAAGUAUAUUUCUAAACAUGUGAAUGUUCUUUAAUGUGGCAGUUGCAUAACUUCAGUUUAAUUUCUUUUAGAUUUGAUGAUGGAUGACUGAAGGUUCAAGUUUGUGUGAGAUGUAUUUCUCCUACAAGGUGGUUUUAGCUCUGUUGCUAAUGCUGAGUUCAUGACAUCUCCUAAAUUCAUAAAUAUGAGCAUAUGACUGGGGAAAAUCCACUUGAACGCCCCUCCAACUUAUAAUUACUAGUGUCAAACUCGUCCAUCAUCCCUGAGCUCUGACUUCUCCCACAUGUUAAACUCUGACGUCACCUACUAAGGAAAUUACCUCGAUAGCAUUUUCAGCAG